AUGGUUGUUAGUUCUCAUAGAUUUGACAUUUAUAAAUUAUAUAAAUUAGUAUUUAAUGAUAUUUAUUUAUGUAAAAAGAUUUAUAAAUUUGUUAGAGGUAUAAACAGACAAUUUACAAAUAGUAUGAUAGAAAAUAAAUCAUUCACACAAAGAUGUAGAUACAAUGAAGCAACAUUUAUUUGGAUGGUUAAAAAUGCUCAUUUUCAAUUAUUAAAAGAUAAAAUCAAAAUUGGUAAACAAUUUAAAGAAGAAAAUGAUGAUUUCACGUUACCAAACAUUUCAUUAUUUUUAACAUUAACAUCAACAUCAUCAACAUCAUCAACAUCACCAACACCAACACCAACACCAACAUCAACACCAUCAUUAAUUAUUACAAAAGAAAUUUUAAAUACAUUUUAUGAAACAAAUAAAAAAUUAAUUAAAGAAUUGGCUUCGAUAGAUGGAAUUUUAAAAUUUGCAGUAGAUUCACAAAAUUUGGAUUUUAUUGAAAUAAUAUAUCAACAAGAGUUUAUAAAUAAAGAAUUUAAACUUGAAAAAACGAAUAACCCAUUUAACUUUCUAAUGGAUAGUGCAAUAAAGAAUGGAAAUUUAGAAAUAAUUAAAUUUGUUCAUAAUACAUUAGGUAUUGAAUUUGUUGACAGAGAGAAAACAAUAAAUAAUAUAAUUGCAUCAACCACUACUAUUAAUAAUAAAAACAAAAUAAUUAAAUAUUUAUUAAAUGAAAUUAAUUUCAAACCAAUAAAAUCGGAAAGAGAUGAUAAUUAUCCAUACGAUCCAAAAUCAUUAUUCACUGAUUUUUUUAAUUUAGAAUCAUCAUUAUUUAAAAAGUUAUUUGAAAUUGGUUUAAUUUCAAUACCAACCAAUAAUAAUAAUAAUAAUAAUAAUAAUAAUAAUGAUAAUAAUAAUAAUUUUAUUAUUAAUAAAAGUUCACAUGAUUUAAUAAUUAGUAAACUUUGCACAAGAAUUAGACUUUAUUCAAAAUAUUUAAUAAAUUAUAAUAAUGGAAAAGAUUUUAUUCCAUUUAAUAAUGUUUUAAAUUUUUUCCAAAAUACAAUUUUAUUUUUAUCAACUAUUAAAUCUAAAUAUUGUCAGCCUUUAAAAAAUAUAAAUAAAUUAUUACAACAACAAGACCAACAACAAGAAGAAGACCAGCAAAAUGAGAAAUAUGAACAACAGGCAGAAUUUAAAAUAACAAAUUUAUUUUCAAAUAUUAAAUCAGUAAUUUCAAAUAAAGUUAAAUCAAUUGUUGAAAUUAAUAGUGAUGAUGAUGAUGAAAUUAAUUUUAGUGGAAAUAAAAUUGAAAUUCAAUUAAAAAGAAUUAUUUUAAUUGAUUUUUUAAAAGAAAUUAAAGAAUUAAUAUUUUCACAAGAUGAAUGGACACUUAUUAUAUUAAAUUAUUCAAGAGAAAGUCAAGAAUAUAAUUUAAUUCAAGAUGAAUUAAAUAUUAAAAAGAUUGAAGAUAUAAAUGUAAAAUUAAAAUCACCAGAGAAAAUGUUUUCAUCAUUGGUUAUCCAAAUAGCUGUACAACAUGGUGACCCAAAUUUCAUUGAAGUUAUACCAACAUUUUAUGAACAAUAUUUUCAACGUUAUUUAGAUGAAUCAUAUGUUAGACAUCACAAUGACACAUCAACAAACAAUUAUUAUUAUAAUCCAAAAUUAGUUAAUAUCAAUCAACAAUUAAUAUUUAUUGAAACCAUUUACAAAUAUAAUUUCCAAUGUAAAGAAAUCAUUUUAAAGAAUAUAUUUGAUAAUUUUAUUGAUUUAACAAUUGUCGACCAUGCAAAUAAAAUUAUUGAAAUUAUUAAAAAUUACAAUUCUACCACUAGCACUACCACCACCAGUAGUAGUACUACUACGAAACUAACUGCAAAUUUAUUUACUGGAAAUGAAAUGAUUUUUAAAUAUUAUUUUAAAAAUCAUUAUGAAUUAUUUGAUUGGAAUGAUAAGAAUAUUAGUGAAUCAAUAAUUAAAUCAAGUAAUUUAGAAUUAAUUGAAUUUAUUCAUAAUAAUGAAAUUGGUUCAUUGGAUUUAAAUUCUUCAAUUAAUCAUUGUAAAACUAGACAAGUUGCUGAAUUAAUGUAUGAAAAAUUGGGUUAUAAAUUCGAUAGUCAACUUAUUGAUAUUUCAAAUCUAAAUGAUUGGAAUUCAAAUUAUUUAUUUUAUUAUGCAAUUAAUAAAAUCAUUAAAGAUAAUCAAUCAGAUUCUUCAAGUAAUUUAUUAAUUAUCACAAGUAAUAAAGUAGGAAAUGAUUAUAAAAAAUUGAAAUUUUUAUCAAAAUUAAUCAUUGAUGGGAAAUUAAAUUUUAAUAACAUUUCAAUUGGUGAUAAUCAAGUAAAUGAAUUUUUAAACUCUUUAAACUCAUUAGAAUCUUUAAAAAAAUUUGGUAAUUUAUCAUAUAUAAAUCAAUACAUUAAAGAAAAUAAUUCAAAAAUAAUAUUUGAUGAUAAUUUUUGUAAAUCUUUCCCUGUAAAUAAUAACUUUAUAAUUAAUUAUUUUAAUAUUAAAACCUCAAGAUUAUAA